CCCCCCUUCUGUGAGCGUCGCGGCAUAGCGACGCGCGGUUGCUAGGGGCGCCAUGGACGCUACCAGGAGGCCUCUGUACAUCCCGCCGCAGAUGGGUCUCUACGCGGAGAAGCACCGCCUUUUCGAAAUGAUGCAGGAUUUGCUGGGAAGUUUGCUAAUCCACCGACCGGAGAGCCCCUUGGACUUCUUGAUAAGGCAGUUAAAAUUCAGCAACUGUGACGCUCCAAGGAUCUUUUUACUUGGCCCUCCAGCCUCUGGGAAAACUACUAUCGCGAUGUGGCUGAGUAAACAAUUGAUAAUCCCCCGGAUUUCCCAAGAGACUUUGGUAACCAGUGACUGGUCAGCCCUCUCAAGUGAAGUGCGAGAGCGUCUGGGGAGAAAGCAGAAGAUCUCUGAAGGUUUGUGGGCCCAGCUGGUUGCGGAACGCCUGAAGCUUGACGAUUGUCUCUGCAGCGGUUGGAUUCUCGAAGGCCUCCCUGACAGCCGGGAACUUGCCAAGUCUUUACAAGUGAGGGGCAUCAUUCCUAGACAUGUCGUGGUGCUGUACGCUCCCGACAUCGUGCUGAUCGAGCGGAAUUUGGGAAAGAGAGUGGACGAAAUCACCGGAGAGGUGUAUCAUACGACUUUCGAUUGGCCCACCGACGACAGCAUCCGUUGGCGUCUCAAGACCCCUAAAGGCAUAUCUGAAAAGGAGACCACUCAGAGGUUGCUGGAAUAUCACCGAAACUUCCCCGGAAUAGUCCAGUCCUUUGGGAAAUCCAUCAAGUUAAUCAAUGCAGACCAACCCUGUGCAGACGCCUUCUGGCAAGUUCUGUCGCACGUCAGACAACCGCCUCAUUCCAACACUCCCUUCUCACCCCGGAUUCUUCUUUGUGGGCCUCCAGGAUCUGGGAAAAGUUUGCAGGCGGCUUUGCUAGCUCAGAAAUACGGCAUCGUCAACGUUUGCUGCGGGCAAAUGCUUAAGGAAGCCGCUACCAGCGAUACCAAACUUGGGCAAUUCAUUAAGCCGUACCUUGAUGGAGGAUGGCCAGUGCCAGACAAGGUUGUCAUCAAACUCCUGUCCAGACGGAUCAACAGACUGGAUUGCUACAUUCGAGGUUGGGUCCUGCAUGGUUUCCCAAAAGAUGAAGACCAAGCCAAACGCAUGCCGGGUAGCGGGAUAUAUCCGAACAGGGUCUUUUUCCUCAACGUCUCAGCGGAAACCAUUCUCGAACGCCUUUCCUACUCCAUGGUGGAUCCGAUCAGCGGGGAAAGAUACCAUACGCUGUACAAACCAGCCAUUACCAAGGAAGUCAACGACCGCCUGCUGAUCAAUCCAAAGGAGAUGGAAGAAACCAUCAAGAGCAAAAUCGACCUGUAUUUCAGGCUUUCUAGCAAUCUGGAACGAUAUUUUGAAGACGCGAUUUUUAUCAAUGGCGAUCAAGACCCCCAAACGGUAUUCGAGUACAUAGAGAGUUACGCGAUCAACCCACUGCCGGUCAAAGAGAUCUGGAAUCUGUAGUAGCUCAGCCUCUGUAAUAAGGAAGCUGAAAGUUAACUCUCCAUCUAAGAGCUGGGGGGAAAAAAUAAUAAUGAGUAAUUUGAAGUUUCCUUAAUAUGGAAAUCCAAGCGAAGCCAUCAAGAAUUGGAAGUUCUUAAAACUCGAAUAGUUUUAGUUUAGGUUUGUUUCUGAUUUCUCUUCCUGUGUGGAAGGAUGCCAAGUAGCUCUUUUCACACAACCCUCGUGUAAUCCUGUUUUGUUUUUAAAUAAUGCUAUUUGGAAGAGAGAGGGUGACUCUUUUGAAAAGGAUACGUGUCCCCUCUCCUAAAUAAAGUUGUGAUCUGUUUAUCCCUUUGUUUUUCCCACGUUUUUAAAAAAGUAUUUGAAUUGUUAAGUGGGAAGAAAUUGGAUGAAGCCUUCACUUUUGCUGUGUUUGCGGAAAAUCUAAUUUCUUUUUCAACUUGGUCACUUGGUUUGGUUUAAAUUGUGCAGAUAACAUUAUUAAAAGCUGCUUGAAUCACAGACAAUGGCCUUCCAGCCUUUUCCAGUUAAUUUCCCCCACCCCGGUGAGUGUUGUGACCUAGGCCCAAGUAGUUAUUACCAGACACAAUCAGUCCUAAACAAACAUAUUUUAUUAGAACAGCUGACAAUUACUUCCUUCUCAGCUUAGUCCAAAUUAAGUCCAAAACAAAGUCCUUCACAAAAAGUCCUUCGGCCUUAUCACAAACCUUUGUCCUCUUUGGGCCAAAGGCUUUUCUUGGCAAAGCCCCACGAAGUUCAGAAACAAGAGAUGCCGACUAGAAACAAAUGUAGCUAUGUUGCUUUCCUUACAAAGAGCCUUUGCUCCUUUAAAUGUUAUGGGAGGGGCCAAACAUCUCCUGGCCUUACUUCCGAGUCGUCCUUUUUGCUUUAGUUGCUCUUGCCUUCUGGCAGGUCUUCGCAUGCGUGAACUAGGUGUUGUGUCUCGUCCAAUCUCACCUCAGCCGGGGUCUUCUUAUCUGCUUCCGAACACGGAAGAAGAAAUACCUCCAGCCCCCAGCCCUGGCUCCAUGCCCAGACAGGCUGAAGAAGAAGAAAUACCUCCAGCCCCCAGCUCUGGCUCCAUGCCCAGGCAAACGGAGCAACUAGACCCCUCCCCCCCCUCCUCAGCAUGUGAGCCUGAGGAAGGUUUAUUACCAACAGCUGCCGACUGGAGUGACCCUCGCGUCAGAAGACUUGAUAGGCAGAGGCAACAGAAGGAAGGGGGAGGGGCAGGCCUAGAUAAGUGCUGAGUCAUGGAGCCACACCUCAUGGCCUAUAUAAAGGAUCUGCUUUCUGGCAUUCUCUGAGUCAGGCAAAGUCUAAACAUAUCUUGCUGAAGUCACUUUCUGGUCUCCUGCCUGCCUUGAGGACUUUGCUAGGACUUUGGCAGAGCUGCAGAGGCACACCUGAUUCGGAUUUCCCUGACUCAGCCGUCAGCGGAGGAGUGGGACACGACACUAGGAACAGGCUCCUCCUGUUCCUUUGCCUCUGCUGUCCGCCUCUGGAGGCUCCGGAGUCCCUGCAUCGCUCCCAGAUGGCCCUGGCCCCAUUUCUGCCUCCGACGCAGAGCCCUCAUCCGGGCCUUCCCUUGACUCCAGGACUGGCCCAUUGUCCUCCCCAGCCUCUUCACUGUCCGACUCCGCUGCCACCUCCGCAGGCUCCUGGUGGACCACAAUUCCCAACAAGGAAACCCAACAGCUCUCUGGCUGUUGAACAGGUGAGCUGCCUUGGCCAUCCAAUGUUGUCCAGGUAAUCCUUGACUUAUAACCCAUUCAUUUAGUGAUCGCUACAACAGCGCUGGGAAAAACAACAACAACAGGGCCGCUUUUCACGCUUACGUUUUUUCACUACAGCAUCUCCCAGGGUCACGGGAUCAAAAUUUGGACCGGCUCGUAUUUAUGACGGUUUGCAUGCGAUCCUCCCCCGCCGACAAGCAAAAGUCAGAUUCACUUAACAACCGUGUUACUUGCCUAACAACUUGCAGCGAUUGGCUUGACAACGGUGCCAAAAAAAAGAAGUCGUAAAAUGUGGGGUGUGUGUGUGUGUGAGAGAGAGAGAGAGACUCGCUUCUCUCUUCGCAGUGGGAAUUUGGGGCUCCAUUGUGGGUCGUAAGUUGAGGACCGCCUAUAAUGCUGCCUAGGGAACGGUCGGAUAAGAGGAAGCCUAGCCCAGAGCUGCAUCACGAGGGGAGGAAGAAUCUCAAAAAAAGGAAUUUCUCCAAUGCCUCAGGCUGCAAAAGAGACAGCGGGAGACCUAUCCUUUCAAACCUGUCAGAAUCUGCAGCAGGGUUAGAAUAAGAAAUUCUAGUAGAAUUAGCUCACGUGGUUAGCGCUGCUAACGCUGGCACACGGACCCGGGAAUCCUCAGUCUUCCUUUAGAGCCCGUGAGCUACUAAGACCCUUCCUAGCUCCAUCGCCAGCCUGCCCCCAAAAAGGGCCCGGGGGGGGGGACACCUCAAUCCCAAAGGGUUUCUAACCUUUCUGUUCUUUCCCGCCGGCUGCUGCUGACGCAAGCAUUUGCUUUCUGCGGCCCGCUGGUGGUUAAGAUACACCGCUGGGCCUAAAUUGGACGGCUGGCUAUUAAUAAUAAAUAAAGGACUACAUCUUGCUAAUAUCACCUGCAUCGAGAGUCCCGCUACUAAAUAUUGAUAAGGAAAACGUCUUUGGCCACGCAUUUAAAUACUGUUUGCGGCGCGCAAGGCAGGGAACAAGGGACGGCGACGGGCCUUUAAUUAGACAGGUACAUCUGCUUAAUUAAUUUAGCCGUAAAGCCUCGCUCUUCCCUCCCUCCCCUUUCUUUCAUCUAUAUGCAACCCCAUAAUAUUAGUUCCGCUCAGCUAAGUGCGCAGAAACCCAGCCAAAUCUCCCGGCUUCAUUGAAAUGCAGUCGGUGCGUCUUUCCGCCCGAGUUUCGGGUCAACGGUUGACCCCCCAAGGGCGUCCGCUCAGCCUGAAGUGUAGGCCGUCUGGGUUAGGAGACCAUGCUAAUACUCGUGUAGGACUCUCCCUCGGAAAGCGCUAAAACAAUUGACAUUUAAUUACCAGGGAGUGCUUGCCGGGGCCUUUGCAUCCCCUUUGCAUAGUUAAGAGAGAGAGAGAGACGCACACACACACGUUAGCGAAGGUUCAGCAGGCAAAGAAAAAAGGAAUUAGGUUUUUAUAAUUGGACAACGACCUUUCCAAACCAAUUUGGGACCCGCGACAGAUUUGAUUAGCAUCUGAUUGCGGCUAAGUAAGCACUGGCCAAGGAGAUCAGGAGAUAAAUAGGAUGGGGGCAACCACGACGAGUGCUUUGA